AAAAGGUGUCGGUGGUGGCGGCGCUAAUUUGAUCGGUGGUCGUAUUUCGGGCUGCCAGACAGACAGCAGGCGAGGCGUGGUAUGCGGACGGGACCGGCGCGGCGCGGCUUCCUGCUACCACGCAGAGUCGCUCACUUUCCGCGUCUGUAGACGGCGAUUCUGGUCAACGGGGAUAUUAAGGCGUUCCCGGUCCCGGUAAAAGAUCCGAUAAAAUUCAGGAGGUGGAUAUACAGAUAAAGGAGAGAUGACAGAGGGCAGACUCUGUCAGGUUCACCUCCUGGAUGACAGGAAGCUGGAACUGAUGGUACAGCCAAAGCUCCUGUCCAGGGAACUCCUGGACUUAGUAUCUUCCCACUUUAACCUUAAGGAGAAGGAGUACUUUGGAAUCACCUACACAGGUGACACGGGGCAGUGCAAGUGGCUGCAGCUGGACCGCAGAGUGCUAGACCACGACUUCUCCAAGAGGACAGGACCAAUCUCCCUGAAAUUCCUGGUCAGGUUCUAUAUUGAGAACUUUUCAUUUCUGAAAGAAAACACCACAGUAGAACUGUUUUUUCUGAACGCCAAAGCUUCAGUGUAUAAUGGUGACAUUGAAGUGGAGAGUGAGGAUGUUUUCAAACUAGCCGCUUACGCAUUACAGGAAGCUAAAGGAGACUACACGAGCGAUGAAAACACGAGAAGCGAUCUGAAGAAGCUCCCGACCCUGCCCACCAGAGUGUUGAAGGAGCACCCGUCCCUUGCUUACUGUGAGGACCGGGCCAUCGAGCAUUACAAGGCGCUGAAAGGGCUCACGCGAGGACAGGCCGUCAUACAGUACUUGACCUUGGUGGAAUCCCUUCCCACCUAUGGAGUUCAUUACUAUGAAGUAAAGGACAAGCAGGGCAUCCCGUGGUGGCUGGGGAUCAGCUACAAGGGCAUCGGUCAGUACGACCUACAGGACAGGCUGAAGCCCCGGAAGUUGUUCCAGUGGAAACAGCUGGAGAACCUCUAUUUUCGGGAGAAAAAGUUUGCUGUGGAGGUGCAUGAUCCCCACAGGAGGACCGUGACUCGACGCACAUUUGGGCAGGCUGGCCUGGUCAUCCACACGUGGUAUGCCACCCACUCUCUUAUCAAGAGCAUUUGGGUGAUGGCCAUCAGUCAGCACCAGUUCUAUCUGGACCGCAAGCAAAGCAAGGUGAAAAUCAACACGGCGAGGAGCUUGGGUGACAUCGCUAUGGACCUGACGGAGUCGGGGGUGCCAAGGGGCAGCAAGCUGGGCAUCACCGAGGGCAAGGACCGCCUCAUCAUGGCCAGCAACGGCAGCCUGGUCUCAGCAGGCUCCAUGGAUUCUGAGGUGAAUGAAGAGCAUAAGAAGGAGAAGAUCUCAGAGCUGAAGAGGAAGGAGAGGGAGCUGCAGGGUAUCCUGGACAAAAAGAUGGAGGAGCUGAAGAAGAUAUGCCUGAGAGAAGCCGAGCUGACAGGCAAGUUGCCCAAAGAGUACCCGCUCUCCUCUGGUGAGAAGACCCCGCAGGUGCGAAAGCGCGUCGGCACCACCUUCAAGCUGGAUGACGUUCUGAAUGACCAGGAUCCCUACCUGAAGAACCUGGAGGGCAGGUUUUCUCUGCAGCAGAAGAUUGUGGAAGCAGCCAAGAAACUGGCUGCAGAGACGGAGCCCUGCAAGACAGUGAAGAGGAAGAGGAAGAGGAACCUGCUAGAUGCCAUGAGGAUGCUGCAGGAGAUUGAGAAUGAGAUCAACGAGCAUCAGAUCAAGAUGGGCAAGAAGCCGACACAGCGGGUCUCGCUGCUAAUUGCAGAUGAGACUCUCACGGCCGACCUGACCUCCCUGGACAGCUUGACGCUGGAGGACGGUGAGCCGGCCGGGACCCGGCGGCAGCGGUCUCGCUCGGUUCAGUACUCCCCACAGUCAUCCAACGGGCCCAGUAGCGAGUACCAGCAGGACCGACGAGCCUCGGCCAAUGAGCAGCACCAUGACGUGGGCCUGGACAGCAGGCUGGCUUAUGCCAACAUGCCGGAGCCAUAUUACAGCCACAGGGACGCCCUGUCCACCCACAGCAGCCCCUGCAAGCCGUCAUCCCGGCAGGCACGUGAUUCUUGUAGCAUGCCCCCGACGCCCGUCAUGCCUCGCAACGCUUUCAGCAGCAUCCAGCUCAGGUCUGAUGACGGCCCGCAGCCUUUCCGGCACCGCAGUGGCAGCCUGGAGUCUCAAUCCCAGCACGCCAGCGACGUGGACCCGUACCAGCCUGGCUUCACACUGGCUCCCAGUCGCCGUAGUAACAGCACGGAGAUCUUGGACGACGGCUCAUCCUAUACCAGCCAGUCGAGCCUGGAGUACAGCGCCCCCAGUGGCGGGGCUGGCUCUCGGACCCGAGACCGCUGGCGCCACCGGAAGGGUAAUGUGUACGCCAGCGCGGGCAGCAUGCCUAACCUGGCACAAAGCGACUCGCGCUGCUACGGCUACAUGCCGCAGGCGUGCCAUACACCGACCGCCUUCUACGUGACGGGAUUCCCGCGCUAUGUGGAGCCCGAGCCCUACGCCAACGGCGGCUAUGUGUACGAGGCCGAGACUGAGGGCCAUUACAACGUCAACCCGUCCUACCCGGCAGCCAUCUACCACGGGCAUGACCGGUACGGCCGCUACGGCGACGACGAGGCUGACGGGCCACCGCAAAACCUGUAUGCCACACUGAGGCCCCCCCGUAGCCGGCCUACGGCCCCGCCCCCGGCACUGCGGCCUGAGCUUAUGGCCAGGAACAUCCAGAGGGCCCUGGUGGAGGAGCACCUGCGAGGCUGGUACAACCGCAGCCUGGGCAGCAAGCAGGCGGCACACGCCUACGAGCGCGGCUCCCAGCAGAGCCUGUCGCCACAGGCCGCGCCCCCCCCUUUCGGCCACGCCAGCCGGACUGUGUCCUACUCCUCAGUGUCCUCGGCGGUCAGCUCCAGGACCUGGCGGGGCCUCCAGGCUACGGGUCUGCCAGACUACGAGGUGGGGGUGACUCAACAGCAACAGGCCUACCCUGGCUCCUACAGCGCUGUGCACGGCAGAUUCAGCUCCUGCCGCAGCCCUGAGUGCCAGCGGCGGGGUCCCUUUGUCCCCGAUAGCCCUUCUUCCUCUGCCUCCUCUUCCUCCUCCUCCUCCAUGCUGUCCUCCCUCCUGCCCUCCUCUCCCUCCAGCACCGGCCACAGGCUCGACAGGCGUAAUAAGCAUGCCUAUGCUAAGUUUAGCCCACGCUAGUCGUACGUAGACAUGAACCAAAUUGAGCUGCCAGUCGGCAGCCACCUCAGCGGCACUUUGGACUCGGAUGCACAGAUGUUAUUCUGGCAUGAGGACUCCAAGCCUGGAACAAUAGUGUAGGGAGCCAGCGCUCCUCGAAGGCCGUUUCUAUAAACACACGUGCCUCCACGACAGGGCUGGGAUUUCUGAAGAAGCAGAGAGCUAAAACCGACAGGACCCAGAACCACAGGACAACAUGGGAAUCACAGAGCUGUGGUCUGUGCGGUCCUCUAGGAGCUGUGUACAGACAAACAGACGAAUAAGGAUCUUUUGUACAAGUUCAUGUAAAACAAUGUUGCUGACAUUUUGGGAUGAAAGUGGAGCGGGAUGUGGGGAUUUGACCAGUAAGGACCGGAUAGUAGCCAUGACCAUUUACACACCAGUUUUAUGGUUUGGAGAACCGUCAAUAUCCGUCACGGAGCCAUUGGACGGCAUUAUACUUUCAGUGGAUGUUCAGACUUGCAAAUUUGCGGAAACUGGGAAAACCAUUGCAGCCUGAAUGGUAUCCAGCACUGAACAGCCCGGUUCCUGCUCCCCAUUGAGUGUAUAGCGAUAGACGGCACUGACGUACUUUGAGGGGCUGACCGAGAAGCCUUUCACAAAUAGCACAUGGCUGGCCAUCUCACCGGCUUUCUGUGCCAUCUUCUACCACUGAUCCCGGGCCCCUUUCUGCGUGUUCUGCAUUUCCAGGCCUGGCAUUAUCUGCGUUCCGGCCAAGCAACACACGCCUUCAGGGAUGGACCAGGUGUUUGUCGGUUCUAGACUCUGAUCAUGGUUUGAGUCCCUUUUGCUUCUUCUGAUAACAUUCCAGCCUCUAUAGCUUUCCUUGGAUUCGUUAGGUGUAUAAGAGAUCAUCGAGAAGAACAGCCAUCGCAUUCCAUGCUGGAAUCCAUGGACCGGUGCUCCUUUCUUUGAAAAAUUUCCAUGUAAAUAUUAACACUGUAUAUAGGAUGUUUUAAAAAUUUUUAUUGUUUAGUUGUUUGUGAACUUUGUCUUUUAAAGCAUGUAAUAUAUAGUCAACGAUCCCAAUUUGGUAAGCUGGUUCUUAGAAUUUGUAUUAAAAAUCAGUUGAAUUGAA